AUGUCAAAGGUGAAUUUACAGUCUGAUUACGAAGAUAUCUAGAGCAAAAUUUCAAGGCUGUAUAGUGUAACUAUUUCUCUCUAAGUUCAUAUUUAAUAGAAAACGCCACUGAAGCCAAGUCAAACCAGCAAGGUCCAAUCUUAUUUCGAGUAUCUACGAAAGAAAAGUACAGUCAUCAAUUUUUUAGAUUAACAAUAAUUAUAUUUAGAUGAAAUGAAGAUCAGCAAGUAGAGAUUACUCUAAAAUCUUAGGUAGAAGUUUGGAACUACUUAUGUUUUUGGACUAAAAGAUAAGCUCAACUAGUCUCAGAAGUCAUUCAAUGAAUUAUCUCCUUAGAAAUCAGAGAGAUUCGCAAGUCCUUUUAGAAGGCCACAGACAUCAGUGAAUCUGCACAGCUAGCAUUAUAAUAACACUUUGGUAAAUCGUAAUGAUUCUAGAAGUAAUCCAAGGAUUGAUUAAUCACUCUUGGCAAACGUAGAUCGAAGAAAUACUUCCUCAGUUAAAUCUCUAGACAGAUACUUUUCACAUAAAAGGCAGCAAAGUGUCAAGAGUAUAAUAUCAAUCGAUAGUGCUGCAAUUGAUAGAGUUAUAAAAUUAUAGGAUUAAAAGAAGUUAGAAAGCAAUCAAAAAGACAAUGGCAAUAAAAGUAAUAGAAGUAUAAAGAGUAAUUUCAAGGCGAUUAAAGUCCCAGAAUAAGAUAAUAGUAAAGAAAGACCAUAAUCUAGGCAGAGCAAAUUUAGAGGAAUAGAUUUCUUAAGAAAAAGAAAGCAGAGCGCGGAUAUUGUUUCAAGAUCUGAUGCCUCUUAAAAACUUCUCAUACCUCAACAAGCUUAGAAAAAAUUGAAUAUAAGUACAAGUUAUAUAAAGUUUAAUAAUGACAGAGUUGUGCCUUAAGUAUAUAUUAAGCAAAAAGAGGAGAGAAUGAAUAGAACGAUGGAAAAUGUAUAAAAAUCACUUUAAGGCAUGAGGCGAAAUAUACCCACACUUAACUUUAAUAGACCUGAAGGUGCCUCUCCUCUUAGAUCUUACUUUAAUAGAAGCAGAGCGAAUAUUGAAAACCCGGAGGUUCAAUAAUAAUCAGCACUGAACUCUAUAAGGCAAAACUAAAAUAGUUAGGGUAAAACUAGAAACGGUAUUUCGAAUAAUAACAACAAUAAUAGAAACAGUAUAUUCAAUAGGUCUAAGUUUAUCAUAAGAAAUUAACCUAGUCCUAUAAUGAAUAGAUAUCUGAGAAACAAAGAUACAUUUGUAGCCUUAUUUCCUUAAUAUGGAGUGACUAAGGAUUUGAAUAAGACUGAAUUUAUGUAGUAAAUGACAUAUGAGCCUUUUAAUGUUAUUGAGCAAAGAGAUACCCCCAAUGUAGAUAGGUUAAAUUUCAUUAAGAGAGAUGAUGCAAAACGAUAUACAGAGGAAUGGCUUAAAACAUAGAACAUGAGAGGGAAAAAAUGA